AUGACUCGGGAUAUCGUGAUACGCCACCAUUCCCUGAACCAACGAAACCAACCACUGUUGGCGAACCAGCAGUCGACGAAAAAAAAGAAGUUGACGUUCGCGGAAGUCGCCGGAGGGACCGCCGCAGAGUGCGCCGCCGUAUGCUGCUGCUGCCCCUGUGGGCUUGUGAACCUUCUGGUCCUCGCCGUGUACAAGUUACCUGCGGGACUCUGCAAGAAAGCGUUGAAGAACAAGAAUUCGAAGAGCUUCAACAACGGUCUCCUUCCACAGAGGCGUAAGUGCAAUUGCGAAUGCAGCGAGACGAAGACUCAGGUACACCCGGUAUCAAUCAAUUCGUCUCCAUCGGAUAAGCCUGAACAGGACGAUCAGACGGAGAAGAAGGUUAUGGAAUUGGAGAAGGAGAUGUGGGACCGCUUCUACAGUGCUGGUUUCUGGAGGAGCCCUUCUCAGAGACAGUAG